AUGCCCCACCCAAACCCAACCACCGCAAGAGCCGUGAUUACCGCACUCUGUAGAGCAGGUCAAGUUGCCAAAGCACGGGAAGUGUUUGAUGGCAUCAAAAGCCAACGGAGCCCAGAUUGUUUGAAUGCCAUGAUUGCUGGGUACGUCCUUAACGGCUAUGACUCAGAAGGUCUGCAACUUUUCAGGAAGUUCCAGACAUCCGGUUUCGAUCCAGAUCAGUUCACGCUCUCACGCAUGCUUUCCGUCUCUGCCAACCUCAAUGCGUCGGAUGAAGGAAAACAGAUACAUACUUUCAUAGUGAAAAAGAAUCUGGCCGUAGACAUUGCGGUGAAUAAUUCCCUGAUUAAUCUUUAUUUCAAGUGCAAAAGUGUGGAUGAUGCUGAGAAGGUUUUUAACUGCAUGCCGGAGAGAGAUGUUUAUACGUGGACGGUCAUGGUUUCGGGAUAUGCAAUGUGUGGUAGUUUGGAGAAGGCCAUGGAUUUGUUCGAUAAGAUGCCAUGCAGGAACACUGUUUCUUGGAACUCAAUGAUCAGCGCAUAUCAGAGUGAAGGAUAUGAUGAGGUGGCCCUGGACUUGUUCUAUAAAAUGAGGGAACAAGGAGAGGUUCCUAAUAAGUCGACAUUUCUUGCAGUUUUGAAGACAUGUGCAUGCCAGCAAUUACUGGAGACUGGCAAGGGUGUUCACUGUUGCCUAGAGAAAUUGGCAUGGAUAAAGAAUGUUGAUAUCAGAUGUACAUUGAUGGAUAUGUACAUCAAAUGUGGCGAGCUUUUAAAUGUUCAGAGAGUUUUUAAUGAGAUUUCAGAGCAUAACAUAGUUUCGUGGUCCAUAUUAGUGGCAGGAUAUGCUCAGAAUGGGAAAAUUGUGGAGGCUGAGAGAAUUUUUAAUGAAAUGCCAGAGCGAAAUGUGAUAUCUUGGAAUGUUAUGAUUGCUGGCUAUGUGCAGAAUGGGAUGCAAGAUAGAGCAUUUGGUCUUUUUAUUGGUAUGAUCCAGGAUGACAUGAGACCAAACUGCUUCACCCUCACUAGCCUUCUAAGUGGGUGCUCAAGCUUGAAAUAUACAAGAAGUGGCAAAACAUUUCAUGGAUAUGUGAUGAAAGUGGGCUUACACUCAAAUACUUCAAUAGGAAAUUCUUUGAUCACUAUGUAUGGCGAGCAAGGGAAUGUUGGAGAUGCCCGUUUAAUCUUUGAGACGAUGCCUCAGUAUGAUGUGAUCUCAUGGACAGCAAUUGUGGCUGCUUAUACUUCUAACAAUGAUGUAGGUGAAGCUCGACAUAUUUUUGAUCAGAUGCCGCAGAAGAACCUGAUAUCUUGGAACACCAUGAUGUUUGGCUACCUUCAAAAUAGCAAAAACAUUGAAACCAACACUGUAACUGGGAUGACCAACCUAGACGCACUAUCAUUCUUUUAUGAGAUGGAGCAAUCAGAGUUGAAACCUGACCAGUUCUCUUACAAUUGUGCUCUAAGUGCCUGUGCUGCCAUUGGCGCUCUAGAACAGGCCAGAGCAAUCCAUUGCAGAACUGUCAAAAGAGGACUCAUAUCAGAUUUAGGAGUGGGGAACGCAUUAAUUACUGUAUAUGGGAAAUGUGGAGCUCUUAAUGAAGCAGAAAUGAUCUUUCACAGCAUGACCAGCCCUGACAUGAUAUCUUGGAAUGCCUUGUUAAUGGGAUAUUCGCAGAAUGGACAAGGAAGUGCAGUCCUAGAUUUCUAUGAGAAGAUGCAAAAAUCAGGAGUUCAGCCAAAUCAUGUCACGUUUAUAAGCUUAAUCACAGCUUGCAGUUAUCUGGGAGAGGUUGUGAAAGGUCAGAGAUUCUUUUAUGCUAUGGAGAAAAAACAUGGUAUCAGUCCUUCCAAGGAACACUAUGCUUGUAUGGUAGAUCUUCUUGGCCGAGCUGGCCAUCUUAAUGAUGCUGAAUCUAUUAUCAUAAACAUGCCCAUACAACCGGAUGCGGCUGUUUGGGGAGCAUUGCUUGGCGCUUGCAAACUCUAUGGAGAUACUGUGAUUGGUAGAAGAGCAGCAGAUCAAAUAUUUCAUUUAGAACCAGAUAAUUCUUCUGCUUAUAUUGCACUAGCUGAGACUUUUGCAGCAGCCAGAUUGUGGGAGGAUGUGGCAAAAUUGAGAGCAGUAAUGAAGGAAAAAAGGCUUCUAAAGGAACCUGGAUGCAGCUGGAUUGAGAUAAGGGACCAGAAGCACAUGUUUUUAUCUGGUGACUCCUGCCACCAGCAAAAGUAUUCCAUUUAUGCAACACUCUAUAGCCUGUAUGGCAGCAUGAUUGAAGAAAGUUAUGUAAUAGAUUCUGACCUCUUGGUUUUGGUAUAG